AUGUAUGGAUUCUCUACCGCCGGCGUCGCUGCUGCAUAUGCUGGUGGUCUUUUAGGAACUAUGGUCGGCAUGCUUUUGUACGGCCUCGGCGUGACCUAUCACGUUCACUGGAUAGGCCUCGUCAUCUCUCAGUUCACUCUGGCGAUCAACAACGCUCUAUCUGUGGCGGGUUCACUUGGCUAUGCCAUUGCCUCGUAUCCUCAACUCAGUGGUGAGAUGAUCACGACCUGUGUCAUUAUUCGCAAUACUAUGAGUUUUGCUAUCAACUACGGCAUUACUCCCUGGUUGAACCACAUGGGAUAUCGUGACACCUACAUCAUUGUCGCAGUGAUUGGGUUUGUCUGGAAUGCCAGCAUUUUCAUUGUGACCAAAUAUGGCAGGCAGGUUAGGGAGAGGAGUGCAAAGAGGUAUUGGCGACACGUAGCAAGGGCACAUGCCAAGGGUUUAAGUCAUUGA